AUGCGCAUCAACGACGACUCCGGACCCGAACAGACUGCAAUCCAAGAACUCGAUGACGGCUCUACAAGCCUCUCGGGGAAGCUCGUCUACCUCCCAAACGACGUGUUCCUUCUCGUCAUCUCCUACUUGUCCCCGGAGGACAGCAUCGUCUGCCGCGGCGUGAACCGAGCCUGGCUCAAGACCUUCUCCUCGGAAGAUGUCUCCUGGAACCUCCUGAGAUGGCACUUCCCGCGCUGCCGGGAGAUGCGCGCGCCAUCGGCGGCCGCCGCCGCAUCGUCCCCGAAGCGGCCGGACUGGACGGCGCUCUACGCCAGGGUCGCGCGUCGUUACCACUUCCUCCGGGCCGCCCGGCCCCGGCUCGUGGAGAAAGUCGACGUCGUCCAGGAGGCCAAGCAGGACCACCCGCUGCUGUUCCGCGGCGUCGAGCCCUGGCGGCGCUUCCUGCGCUUCAAUGACAACACGGCCUCGUUUGCGUACCGCGACGCCGCGUGGUCCAUGGACGACGGCCUGCUCGUCUACCAGGACGCCGAGGGCCGCUGCGUCGCCUACGACCUGGAGACGCGGCACCGGUUCGCCGUGCCGUUCGGCGUGGCCGGCAAGAUCGUCCGCCGCAUCCGCCUGCGGUGCGGCGUCCUGGUCGUCGAGUGGUGCGAGCGCGAGGCGUACCACCAGCUCAACGACCGGGAGUCGGUGCACCGGCACUUCGCCACGGCGUUCGACGUGCUGCGGUGCUCGCCGCGCUCGUCGUCGCGGUCGCCCCGAUUCUCCGUCGUGCGGUCCGUCUCGGGCGCGUCCGGCUGGACCAUCACGUUCCGCUCCGAGUGGAAGAUCCAUUUCCUGGGCCUGCCGCUGAACCGCCACGAUCGCUUCUUCUCGGCCCACACGGCCACCCACUACGCCCUGUACUUGUGGCAGCCGAACCGCUCGCCCUGGGGCGAGGAGGACCCGCUCGAGCAGCUCACGGUUUGGGACAUCUCGUUCCCGUCGCAGUACCGCCCUUCGCAGGAUCCCUCCGGCGCUCACAAGCCGGAUGCCGACUUGGGGCCUCAUGUUAUCCAGCGCCUGACCUGGCGGGACUUGGACUUCCUGGGUCUUCGCCAACGGCACACGCCUUCCUUCCGCGAGAUCUUACUGGACGACCAAAACGUCUACAUCCACGAAGAGGAGCACCGUUGGCUGGCGGGCCCGCAAUCCUCGCUUAUACCGCCUCGUCAUCACCAUGUCCGCUGUACUGGUAUACCCAUGACCGGGAUGGGCCCUCGGUGGUACGACGAGUGCUGUGCCGACGGCAAUGUUCAUCUCUCCUUCUGUCCCCGCUCGGGCUCCGCGGCCCGGCUGAACAAUGCCACUUCGACAUCUACAAGUCACAGCAACGUAUGGCCUGGCUUGGCGCCGUGCUGGCGCCACGAGGAAUUCCCGUACCUGACCAUGAGCGAACUGGUCGAUGCCGAGGCAGGGGUUAGGAUCGUCGCCAGGCAAUGCUUCAUGGUCGAGGCCCUAUCCGUGUUCGUGCUCCCCCGGAUCAGCAUCAAGGAGGAAGACGGCGAUGGCCACGAGACGGACGAGGUCAGAUUCGGGGACGAGAUGUGGGGAGAACUGGUGGGCAAGGGCCGGAUCUGUGGUGAUGAGAGGUUUGUUGUCGGUGAGGACAUGGAGGGUAAAGUCACAGUGAUUUGGUUUUAA